UAUUUAAAAAGAACAUGCAUGCAAAUGGAAGAACAAGAUAAAGAAGUAAUUUAAUGCUUGUUGUGUCAAUAUAUUGCAAUAUCAAAGGAUAAAUGUAAAAAAAAACAUGAAGUAGAGGAGUAAAUAAAAGGCACUUCUCUCUCUCUCUCUCUCUCUCUCUCUCUCUCUCUCUCUCUCUCCAUGACGUCAGGCUGAUUUAAAGCUCUCCUCCAGCAUCUCCCAUCGGUCCCCUCUUCUCUCCUCCUACCUCUUGCUCUCUCCUCCUCCAUCCUCACAUUCAGCAUCUCCUCACUGAGCUGAACACCAGCCAAUGCUUCACAUCACCCCUGCCCUGGGUGUCUGUCCCAUGCGUGGGAAGCACAACAAAAUCAAGGGCUUCACUUGAGGAGGGUCCAAAAGGAGCAAAAGAGAAAGAAAGAGGGACAAUCCGUUUGCAUCCUUUUUGUUCUACUUUGAGUCUUUGAGACACUUUGGACGAAGGGCUCCGAUUUUCAGCGACAACCUCAGCAGCUCACACCGUUUUGUCACUGAGGACAAAAAGACGACAGCUCGGAGACAUGAACGAGUCGCAGGUGGUGAACGACUCCUUUGCGAGUCCUGUGGCUGGAGAAGCUCCCUCGUGGAUGGAGGCUGACUCUCCAGAGCUCAACAGCAGCCUGGAGUUCUCCACCGCCCCGUUAGACUUCUCCAUCAACCCGUGGGACAUCAUGCUCUGCAUGUCGGGCACCAUCAUCGCCUGUGAAAACGCCAUAGUGGUAGCAAUCAUCUUCUACACACCGACGCUCAGGACUCCCAUGUUUGUGCUGAUCGGGAGCCUGGCCACAGCGGACCUGCUGGCCGGCAUGGGAUUAAUCCUGAACUUUGUAUUUCAGUACGUGAUCUCCUCUGAGACUAUCAGCCUUAUCACUGUAGGCUUCCUGGUGGCCUCCUUCACGGCGUCCAUCAGCAGCCUUUUGGCCAUAACUGUGGACCGCUACUUCUCCCUCUACAACGCCCUGACAUACUUCUCAGAGAAGACGCUGCAGUACGUACAUCUGAUGCUACUGGGGACUUGGGGGGUGUCCCUGUUUUUGGGCUUGCUGCCGGUGCUCGGCUGGAACUGCCUUGACGACCCGGACUCCUGCAGCAUCGUCCGACCUUUGACCCGGAGCAUGGUCACUCUCCUCGCCACCUCCUUUUUUGUCAUCUUCAUACUCAUGCUGAGCCUCUACUUCAAGAUCUGCAAGAUCGUGUGCCACCACGCGCACCAGAUCGCCCUCCAGCAGCACUUUUUUGCCACGUCGCAUUACGUCGUCACCAAGAAGGGGGUCUCCACUCUGGCAAUCAUCUUGGGGACAUUUGGCGCCAGCUGGCUGCCCUUCGCCAUCUACUGCCUGGUAGGCGAGAGGGAGUAUCCGUCAGUGUACACAUACGCUACACUGCUGCCAGCCACAUACAACUCCAUGAUCAACCCCAUCAUCUACGCCUACAGGAACGCAGAGAUCCAGCGUUCCCUCUACGUGCUUCUUUGUGGCUGCUUUCAGACCAACAAGACCUACCGGUCCAGGUCACCAAGUGAAGUCUAAAACGGUGCUAUAGGGCUCUUUUUGUGUGUGAAUGUGUGUGUGUUAGUGUGUGUGAGAAAAAGACAGAGCAAAAAGACAAACCAUCCUGUGACAAUUGACGACCUGCUUACAGUUGACAGUGAGGGUGUGAUGCUAUAGAAACGUGUCUCUCAUGCAUACUGUAUCUGCACUUUACAAUGUCUCAAGACAGGUUAGGAUGAGAUUUUUUUGGAAAUGCUGUGAACAAGAAACUUCUGUGAAAAAGACAAAACAAACCUGUGAAUGUACUUAAAUGAGAAAAAGGAAUGGGAAAUCUUGCACUUUAGUCCGUGUUUUUUUGGAAAUGCCAAAGCAGUAUUGUACAGCCCUUAUUGUGUUUGAACCUGUGAGUGCCGUGUGCCAUUUUUCUAUUUUGUAUGGUAUUGUCUUUGAUGUACAUUUUCUACAAGAGGAAUAAAAAAAUGAAAUUCAA